CUGUGAAACGAGUGGCGCAACUGGGAAAGGAAACUGCAGGCGCCGCGUCUGUGCUCGGGAUUUACUCAGCGCUCGAGUGCCCCGGGACACCGCAAGAGAAAGAACCUUGAGCCUCAUAUCGACAGAACUCCUCUGGAACAAUGGAGACAAGAGUCCGACUGCUGCUGGUCCUGAUGUACUCAGUUAUGAUGGGACCAGGAACUGCAUCAACUACAGACCCCACUACACCAACAAAAAGCAACCAAACAAAUUCAACAAAUAAAACAACCACCACUACUACAACAGGAAUGACUUCCACUUCACAAACUACUUCAAGCACAGACGCAACAACCACCACCCUGAAAACAACUGAAUCAACCACUAGUACAACAGGAAGCACCGAAAACCCAACAACCACUCCAACAACAACUGAAUCGACCACUAGUACAACAGGAAGCACCGAAAACCCAACAACCACCCCGACAACAACUGAAUCAACCACUACUACAACAGGAAUAACUUCCACUUCACAAUCUACAUCAAGCACAGACACAACAACAAUCACCCCGACAACAACUGAAUCAACCAAUACUACAACAGGAAUGACUUCCACUUCACAAACUACUUCAAGCACAGACACAACAAUAACCACCCCAACAACAACUGAAUCGACCACUACUACAACAGGUAGCACCGAAAAACCAACAACCACCCCGACAACAACUGAAUCAACCACUAGUACAACAUCAAGCACCGAAAACCCAACAACCACCCCGACAACAACUGAAUCAACCACUACUACAACAGGAAUGACUUCCACUUCACAAACUACUUCAAGCACAGACACAACAACAACCACCCCAACAACAACUGAAUCAACCACUACUACAACAGGAAGCACCGACAAACCAACAACCACCCCGACAACAACUGACUCAACCACUAGUACAACAUCAAGCACCGAAAACCCAACAACCACCCCGACAACAACUGAAUCAAGCACUAGUACAACAGGAAGCACCGACAAACCAACAACCAUCCCGACAACAACUGAAUUAACCACUACUACAACAUCAAGCACUGAAAACAUAAAAACCACCCCGACAACAACUGAAUCAACCACUACUACAACAUCAAGCACCGAAAACCCAACAACCACCCCGACAACAACUGAAUCAACCACUACUACAACAGGAAGCACCGAAAACCCAACAAACACCCCAACAACAACUGAAUCGACCACUACUACAACAGGAAGCACCGAAAACCCAACAACCACCCCAACAACAACUGAAUCAACCACUACUACAACAGGAAUGACUUCCACUUCACAAACAACUUCAAGCACAGACACAACAACAACCACCCCGACAACAACUGAAUCAACCACUACUACAACAGGAAUGACUUCCACUUCACAAACUACUUCAAGCACAGACACAACAACAACCACCCCAACAACAACUGAAUCAAACACUACUACAACAGGAAGCACCGACAAACCAACAACCACCCUGACAACAACUGAAUCAACCACUAGUACAACAUCAAGCACCGAAAACCCAACAACCACCCCGACAACAACUGAAUCAAGCACUAGUACAACAGGAAGCACCGACAAACCAACAACCACCCCGACAACAACUGAAUCAACCACUAGUACAACAUCAAGCACCGAAAACCCAACAACCACCCCGACAACAACUGAAUCAAGCACUAGUACAACAGGAAGCACCGACAAACCAACAACCAUCCCGACAACAACUGAAUUAACCACUACUACAACAUCAAGCACUGAAAACCCAAAAACCACCCCGACAACAACUGAAUCAACCACUACUACAACAUCAAGCACCGAAAACCCAACAACCACCCCGACAACAACUGAAUCAGCCACUACUACAACAGGAAGCACCAAAAACCCAACAACCACCCCAACAACAACUGAAUCGACCACUACUAAAACAGGAAGCACCGAAAACCCAACAACCACCCCAACAACAACUGAAUCAACCACUACUACAACAGGAAUGACUUCCACUUCACAAACUACUUCAAGCACAGACACAACAACAACCACCCCGACAACAACUGAAUCGACCACUACUACAACAGGAAGCACCGACAAAACAACAACCACCCCGACAACAACUGAAUCAACUACUAGUACAACAGGAAGCACCGACAAACCAACAACCACCCCGACAACAACUCAAUCGACCACUACUACAACAGGAAGCACCGACAAACAAACAACCACCCCAACAACAACUGAAUCAAGCACUAGUACAACAGGAAGCACCGACAAACCAACAACCUCCCAGACAACAACUGAAUUAACCACUACUACAACAUCAAGCACCGAAAACCCAACAACCACCCCGACAACAACUGAAUCAACCACUACUACAACAUCAAGCACCGAAAACCCAACAACCACCCCGACAACAACUGAAUCAACCACUACUACAACAGGAAGCACCGAAAACCCAACAACCACCCCAACAACAACUGAAUCAACCACUACUACAACAGGAAGCACCGACAAACCAACAACCACACCGACAACAUCUGAAUCAAGCACUACUACAACAGGAAUGACUUCCACUUCACAAACUGCUUCAAGCACAGACACAACAACAACCACCCCAACAACAACUGAAUCAACCACUACUACAAAAGCAAGCACCGAAAACCAAACAACCACCCCAACAACAACUGAAUCAACCACUACUACAACAGGAAGCACCGACAAACCAACAACCACCCCGACAACAACUGAAUCAAGCACUACUACAACAGGAAUGACUUCCACUUCACAAACUACUUCAAGCACAGACACAACAACAACCACCCCAACAACAACUGAAUUAACCACUACUACAAUAGGAAGCACCGAAAACCCAACAACCACCCCAACAACAACAGAAUCAACCACUACUACAACAGGAAGCACCGACAAACCAAUAACCACCCCGACAACAACUGAAUCAACCACUACUACAACAUCAACCACCGAAAACCCAACAACCACCCCAACAACAACUGAAUCGAGCAAUACUACAACAGGAAGCACCGACAAACCAACAACCACCCCGACAGCAACUGAAUCAACCACAAGUACAAGAGGAAGCACCGAAAAACCAACAACCACCCCGACAACAACUGAAUCAACCACUACUACAACAUCAAGCACCGAAUACCCAACAACCACCCCGACAAACACUGAAUCAACCACAACUACAACAGGAAGCACCGAAAAACCAACAACCACCCCGACAACAACUGAAUCAACCACUACUACAACAUCAAGCAACAAAAACCCAACAACCACCCCGACAACAACUGAAUCGACCACUACUACAACAGGAAGCACCGACAAACCAACAACCACCCCAACAACAACUGAAUCAAGCACUAGUACAACAGGAAGCACCGACAAACCAACAACCACCCCGACAACAACUGAUUCAACCACAACUACAACAGGAAGCACCGACAAACCAACAACCACCCCGACAACAACUGAAUCAACCACAAAUACAACAGGAAGCACCGACAUACCAACAACCACCCCGACAACAACUGAAUCAACCACUACUACAACAUCAAGCACCGAAAACCCAACAACCACCCCGACAACAACUGAAUCGACCACUACUACAACAGGAAGCACGGAAAAACCAAAACCCUUCCCAACAACAACUGAAUCAACCACUACUACAACAGGAAUGACUUCCACUUCACAAACUACUUCAAGCACAGACACAACAACAGCCACCCCAACAACAACUGAAUCAACCACUACUACAACAGGAAGCACCGACAAACCAACAACCACACCGACAACAUCUGAAUCAAGCACUACUACAACAGGAAUGACUUCCACUUCACAAUCUACAUCAAGCAAAGACACAACAACAAUCACCCCGACAACAACUGAAUCAACCACUACUACAACAGGAAGCACCGACAAACCAACAACCACCCUAAAAACAACUGAAUCAAUAACUACUACAACAGCAAGCACCGAAAACCCAACAACCACCACAACAACAACUGAAUCGGCCACUACUACAACAGGAAGCACCGAGAAACCAAAAACCACCCCGACAACAACUGAAUCAACCACUACUACAACAGGAAGCACGGACAAACCAACAACCACCCCGACAACAACUGAAUCAACCACUACUACAACAUCAAGCACCGAAAACCCAACAACCACCGCGACAACAACUGAAUCAACCACAACUACAACAGGAAGCACCGGAAAACCAACAACCACCCCGACAACAACUGAAUCAACCACUACUACAACUUCAAGCACCGAAAACCCAACAACCACCCUGACAACAACUGAAUCGACCACUACUACAACAGGAAGCACUGACAAACCAACAACCACCCCAACAACAACUGAAUCAAGCACUAGUACAACAGGAAGCACCGACAAACCAACAACCACCCCGACAACAACUGAUUCAACCAGAACUACAACAGGAAGCACCGACAAACCAACAACCACCCCGACAACAACUGAAUCAACCACAACUACAACAGGAAGCACAGAAAAACCAACAACCACCCCGACAACAACUGAAUCAACCACUACUACAACAUCAAGCACCGAAAACCCAACAACCACCCCGACAACAACUGAAUCGACCACCACUACAACAGGAAGCACCGAAAAACCAACACCCAUCCCAACAACAACUGAAUCAACCACUACUACAACAGGAAUGACUUCCACUUCACAAACUACUUCAAGCACAGACACAACAACAGCCACCCCAACAACAACUGAAUCAACCACUACUACAACAGCAAGCACCGAAAACCAAACAACCACCCCGACAACAACUGAAUCAACCACUACUACAAAAGCAAGCACCAAAAACCAAACAACCACCCCAACAACAACUGAAUCAACCACUACUACAACAGCAAGCACCGAUAACCCAACAACCACCCCCACAACUGAAUCGACCACUACUACAACAGGAAGCACCAACAAACCAACAACCACCCCGACAACAACUGAAUCAACCACAACUACAACAGGAAGCACCGAAAAACCAACAACCGCCCCGGCAACAACUGAAUCAACCACUACUACAACUUCAAGAACCGAAAACCCAACAACCACCCCGACAACAACUGAAUCGACCACUACUACAACAGGAAGCACUGACAAACCAACAACCACCCCAACAACAACUGAGUCAAGCACUAGUACAACAGGAAGCACCGACAAACCAACAACCACCCCGACAACAACUGAUUCAACCACAACUACAACAGGAAGCACCGACAAACCAACAACCACCCCGACAACAACUGAAUCAACCACAACUACAACAGGAAGCACAGACAAACCAACAACCACCCUGACAACAACUGAAUCAACCACUACUACAACAUCAAGCACUGAAAACCCAACAACCACCCCGACAACAACUGAAUCGACCACUACUACAACAGGAAGCACCGAAAAACCAACACCCAUCCCAACAACAACUGAAUCAACCACUACUACAACAGGAAUGACUUCCACUUCACAAACUACUUCAAGUACAGACACAACAACAGCCACCCCAACAACAACUGAAUCAACCACUACUACAACAGCAAGCACCGAAAACCAAACAACCACCCCAACAACAACUGAAUCAACCACUACUACAACAGGUAGUACCGAAAAACCAACAACCACCCCAACAACAACUGAAUCAACCACUUCUACAACAGGAAGCACCGACAAACCAACAACCACACCGACAACAUCUGAAUCAAGCACUACUACAACAGGAAUUACUUCCACUUCACAAUCUACAUCAAGCACAGACACAACAACAAUCACCCCGACAACAACUGAAUUGACCACUAGUACAACAGGAAGCACCGACAAACCAACAACCACCCCGACAACAACUGAAUCAACCACUACUACAACAGCAAGCACCGAAAUCCCAACAACCACCCCAACAAUAACUGAAUCGACCACUAGUAAAACAGCAAGCACCGAAAACCCAACAACCACCCCGACAACAACUGAAUUAACCACUACUACAACAGGAAGCACCGAAAAACCAACAACCUCCCCAACAACAACUGAAUCAACCACUACUACAACAGGUAGUACCGAGAAACCAACAACCACCCCAACAACAACUGAAUCAACCACUUCUACAACAGAAAGCACCAACAAACCAACAACCACACCGACAACAUCUGAAUCAAGCACUACUACAACAGGAAUUACUUCCACUUCACAAUCUACAUCAAGCACAGACACAACAACAAUCACCCCGACAACAACUGAAUUGACCACUAGUACAACAGGAAGCACCGACAAACCAACAACCACCCCAACAACAACUGAAUCAACCACUACUACAACAGGUAGUACCGAAAAACCAACAACCACCCCAACAACAACUGAAUCAACCACUUCUACAACAGGAAUGACUUCCACUUCACAAUCUACAUCAAGCACAGACACAACAACUACGACCACAACAACAAGUGAAUCAACCACUACUACCACAGGAACGACUUCCACUUCACAAAGCGCAGCAGCAAGCGACACAACAACAACUCCAGCAACAACUGAAUCAACCACUACUACAAUAGGAACGACUUCCACUUCACUAACUACGUCAAGCACCGACACAACAUCAACCACCGCAGGAACAACUGAAUCAACAACUUCAAUAACAGGAACGACUUCCACCACACAGACUAAUUCAGAAAAUGAUACUACAACUACCACCACAACAACAAGUGAAUCAACCACUACUUCAACAGGAAGCACCGACAAACCAACAUCCACACCAACAGCAAGUGAAUCAACCAGUUCUAUAACUGGAAUGACUUCCUCCUCAAUAACUACUUCAAGCACCAACACAACAACAACCACCCCAACAACAAUUGAAUCAACCACUACUACAACAGGAACGACUUCCACUUCACAAAGUGCAGCAGCAAGAGACACAACAACAACUCCAGCAAAAACUGCAUCAGCCACUAUUACAAUAGGAACGACUUCUACGUCACUAAAUACUUCAAGCACCGACACAACAACAACCACCCCAACAUCAACUGAAUCAACCACUACUUCAACAGAAAGUACUUCCACUUCACUAACUACUUCAAGCACCAACACAACAACUAUGACCACAACAAGUGAAUCAACCACUACUACCACAGGUACGACUUCCACUUCACAAAGCGCAGCAGCAAGCGACACAACAACCACUCCAGCAACAACUGAAUCAACCACUACUACAAUAGGAACGACUUCCACCACACAGACUAAUUCAGAAAACGACACUAGAACUACCACUACAACAACAAGUGAAUCAACCACUACUUCAACAGGAAGUACCGACAAACCAACAACCACACCAACAGCAACUGAAUCAACCACUACUACAACAAGAAUGACUCCCACCUCACUAACUACUUCAAGCACCAACACAACAACAACCACCCCAAAAACAAUUGAUUCAACCUCUACUACAACAGGAUCGACUUCCACCUUGCUAUCUUCUUCAAGCAGCGACACAACAACAACCACGCCAACAUCAACUGAAUCAACCUCUACUACAACAGGAACAACUUCCACUUUACUAACUACUUCAAGCACCAACACAACAACAACCACCCCAACAACAACUGAAUCAACCUCUACUACAACAGAAACGACUUCCACUUCACAAACUACUUCAAGUACCGACACAACUUCAACCACCCCAACAACAACUGAAUUAACCACUACUACAACAGGAAGCACCGCCAAACCAACAAGCACUCCAAAAGGAACUGAAUCAACCACUACUACAACAGGAACGACUUCCACUUCACAAAGUGCAGCAGCAAGUGACACAACAACAACUCCAGCAACAACUGCAUCAGCCACUACUACAAUAGGAACGACUUCUACGUCACUAAAUACUUCAAGCACCGACACAACAACAACCACCCCAAUAUCAACUGAAUCAACCAGUACUACAACAAGAACAACUUCCACUUCACAAAGUGCAGCAGCAAGCGAUACAACAACAACUCCAGGAACAACUGAAUCAACCACUACUACAAUAGGAACGACUUCCACCACACAGACUAAUUCAGAAAACGACACUACAACUACCACUACAACAACAAGUGAAUCAACCACUACUUCAACAGGAAGCACCGACAAACCAACAACCACACCAACAGCAAAUGAAUCAACCACUACUACAACUGGAAUGACUUUCACCUCACUAACUACUUCAAGCACCAACACAACAACAAACACCCCAACAACAGUUGAAUCAACCACUAUUUCAACUGGAACAACUUCCACUUCAGUAACUACUUCAAGCAGCAACACCACAACUACGACCACAACAACAAGUGAAUCAUCCACUACUACGACAGGAACGUCUUCCAUGUCACAAAAUAUUGGAAGAACUGAAACCACUCUAAGAACAACUGAAUCAACUACUGCAAUGACAGAAUCAAUUUCCACUAUACCAUCAGCUUCUACUCCAACCUCUUUCACAAUAAAUUCAUCUAGAAUUUCUGCACAAUCCACUGUUUCUCCAAGUUUUCAUUCUUCCUUAAAUUCUUCUUCAGUUCCAACACAUUCUUCUGCUCCUAUGAGUUCUUCUUCCUCCUUGAAUUUUUCUUCAAUUUUGACGCAGUCUUCUUCUGCUCCAAGUUCUUCUACAUUCAGUUCUUCUACAAUUUCUGCACAUUCAUCUGUUUCUCCAAAUUCAUCUUCUUCCUCAAAUGUUUCUGUAAGUUCCACACACUCAUCUGUUCCAUCAAGUUCCUCCUCUGCCACAGCUACACCAUCCACAGUGCCUACUACUUCCACUACCAAGAACUCCCAAAGUAUGCCAACGGUGCCACUCGACUUCAGAAUGCUCCUGAAUUACUCAGACCAACUGGGUAACAAGUCGUCUCCUUAUUUCAUCCAGCUCAGUAAUACAGUUUCACAAGAGGUUUACAAAGUGUUCCACCCGCUGUACCCAAACACCCUGAACAGAGUGAUAGUCGACAAAUUCACAAAAGGAUCUGUCAUCGCAGAAACACGACUGGAGUUCACCUCCAAUGCCACAGCUGCUGAUGCCCCUCAGAGUGCAGAUGCCGUUCGAAUUUUUUACAAUGCGGUCAAUUCAUCGGGCGAAGUGGGAGUCCUGCCUGUGGACCGAUUGAGCAUUCAGUCUAACACGGUCACCAUACAGCAGCUUCCUCUGUCCACCACCUCAGUGGCAUUCCAGACUCAAGAUGGCUUCAUUUCAGAUUUAUAUAACAAUACAAGCGUGGCAUACCAUCAGCUGGAGAAUAAGACCCUCGUGUGGUUGCUGUCCAUCCUGAAGCCGUACUACGGUGACCCGGUGCAGUCGGCGUUGAACUUCAGUAACAACUCCAACUGGGUCUCCACGAGUGUCCAGCUUCAGUUCAACACGACUGUGUUUGUCAGCUCAACGGCCCUCAUCACCAACAUCCUGCAGAGCAGCAGUCCUGUCCCACUGGUCAAGUACACGCUGACCGUCAAUGCCUUGCCAGCCGUGCCAGUCGCUUUCAACAUCUUCACCUACUAUCUGAGGAUUCUCAACAAGCAGUUCUCUAGUGCCAUGAGCAACCGGUCAUCAGCGGAGUUUGCUGAGCUCAGCGCUCAACUGAAACAAGCGCUCCUGCCACUCUUCCAAGUCAAGAACGGCUUUACUGACCUCUACGUCACGGACAUGAAGAUGGGCUCAGUGAUCACCACCACCACCUUCAUGUACACACCAGACACAACCACCAGCAGCGAUGUGACCAACACCCUCCUGAGUGGAAUCUCUCAGGUCAACCUACAGGGAAUACAGCUGGACCCCUGGUCCAUAGUGAGCAGUGCCACCCCAGUCCCACCAGCUCAAACGCCCUUCCCAGGCUAUGCCAUCGCCAUCAUUGUGCUCUGUAGCUUGCUCAUCAUCCUGAUCCCAGUGGUCCUUGUGGUGGCCCUGAAGACCCGCCUGUUCAAGAAGUUGGCACGCGCCUGCUCCCUCAGGUCACCUGACUCCUUUGAACUCAGCGCUCAUCUUUAUGACGCCUUCGAGUAGCCGACAAGCUUGUGAAUCUGCACUGAUGUCCUCCGACCUGCCAGGAGCUCCGCUUAUCAUGAAGUAUUGUGGGCAAAUAUGGAGUUGAGGAGCACCCUGGCUGCUACCUACAUGUCUAAGGGACUGUGAUGGACAGAUGGAUGAAGGUGGCCACUUUGGUCCACUCACUGCCUUCUUCUUUGAAAUUGAGCAGAACUUCACACCUCAGGAAACGUCGCGUUUACAAAAGAAUUCAAAUUCUGGGCUUUGGUGUCUCGUCAGACUUUGACGGAGGGGCUUGUAGAAGUGAAGGCUCCUCAAGUGUCCUCCUGAGGGACUGACAAUGGCGGCUGGCUCUUUUGAUAAAGAAAUGCACUGCUUUAUAUUUUCUUACAGAAAUGAUGAUUGCAAUUUAAUUAAUUUAUAUUCUUUAUUGCAGAAAUUAUUUAUUUUAUAUUCAAUAAAGUCAAUUAAGAGAA